UUACCUAAACACUUAUUCCCCACUACUAUUUAUUAUUCCCAACAUACUGUAUAUGAGCACAGCUUUUAUUUUUUCGACUAUGACUGGAAGUUGUUUUGCAUUGUGGCAAACUUGAUGGUGCUGCAGAGCUGCAGGUCAGGGAGGUUGAAUGAAUGUUGAGUGUUAGAAGGGUGCCUGCACUAAAGAGUUACUAUGGCAGGAGUUCUGCUGUUAGUUCUGCAUUGUGGAUCAUUUAUCCUGAUUUCAGCCAUAACUACUGAUCAGACAACUACAGUUAGAUCCACCCUGGAUUCAGAUGCAGCUUUUCCUACAACUGAGAGCCUUUUGCCUGCAGGACAAACAAAUGCCACUGAGGUUCCCACCACAGGAUUCACAACUAGGUACAGCAAGUCAACAACUAAACCUCCUCAAACCACCACAACUACUCAACAUGUGACUGAACAUGCUGCUAAACCAACAGAGAAAGUAGUGUCCAAAAAAGACACUGAAGAAGAAGAAGGUCCUCUGGAACUGGAAAGGAGGUCCACCAGGAGCAUUAAGGUAGCAAAGAAGCCCAAAACGAUCCUGAACAAACCCAAACUCAUCACCAAGAAGCUGAAGAAGGUUGUUAAGAAAGUGAAACCUCAGGUCAAACAAAGUGUGAGACAGUCAGUGGCCACAGAGACAGUCCCACAAUGCCCUCCACUGGGUCUGGAGUCACUGAAGGUUAAAGACAACCAGCUGAGAGCGUCGUCCUUUCAGCGCAGAGGCCUGGGCCCUCACCGCGGCAGACUCAACAUCCAGUCUGGUGUGGAGGACGGUGACAUCUACGAUGGAGGCUGGUGUGCUCAGUACAAAGACAAGCAGCAGUGGCUGGAGGUGGACGCUCGGCAACCGACUCGCUUCACCGGAGUCAUCCUGCAGGGUCGCAGCUCCAUCUGGAGUUGGAACGUGGUUUAUACCUACAAGGUGCAGUUCAGUAACGACACGCUGGUGUGGAAGCCGUGCAUGAACGGGACUGAAGAGGCUGUGUUUGAAGGAAACCAGGACACAGAGACACCUGUCCUCGCCCUUUUUAACACUUCCACAGUGGCCCGUUACAUCCGGAUCAACCCACAGACCUGGUACCAGAAUGGGACGCAGGGGGACAUCUGCCUGAGAGCCGAGGUGCUGGGCUGCACUCUGCCAGAUCCAAAUAACAUAUAUGCCUGGCAGACAGAGCCAAUAGAGUCCAGAGACAAACUGGACUUCAGACACCACAACUACAAGGAGAUGAGAAAGUUGAUGAAGUCGGUGAACGAGGCGUGCCCCGACAUCACUCGCAUCUACAGCAUCGGGAAGAGUUACACGGGUCUGAAGCUCUACGUCAUGGAGAUCUCUGACAACCCUGGAAAACAUGAGCUGGGAGAACCAGAAUUCCGAUACGUUGCAGGGAUGCAUGGGAAUGAGGUGCUGGGCCGAGAGCUUCUGCUCAAUCUGAUGCAGUACAUGUGCCAAGAGUACAAGCGGGGUGACCAGCGCAUCGUCCGCCUGGUCAAAGAGACUCGUAUUCACCUUCUGCCCUCCAUGAACCCUGACGGAUACGAGCUGGCCUUUAAAAAGGGCUCAGAAUUGGCCGGUUGGGCCUGGGGCCGUUACAGCUACGAAGGUAUCGACAUGAACCACAACUUUGCUGACCUCAACUCAGGGAUGUGGACCGCCAUUGAGCUGGAGACAGACCGGUCCAAACUCAUCAACCACUACUUCCCCAUCCCUGAGCAGUACACCUCCGAGGAAGCCUUUGUGGCAUCAGAGACCCGAGCUGUCAUCAACUGGAUGCAGAACAUCCCGUUUGUUCUCAGUGCUAACCUCCAUGGAGGAGAGCUGGUGGUCACCUACCCGUACGACAUGACCAAAGACUGGGCGCCCCGCGAGCACACGCCCACCGCUGAUGAGAGCUUCUUCCGCUGGUUGGCCACCGUGUAUGCCAGCACCAAUCAGGUGAUGUCCAACCCUGACCGGCGGCCCUGCCACAACAAGGACUUCCGUAGAUUCAACAACAUCAUAAAUGGAGCCGACUGGCACAACGUACCAGGAAGUAUGAAUGAUUUCAGCUACCUGCACACCAACUGUUUCGAGGUGACCGUGGAGUUGUCCUGUGAUAAAUUUCCUCACGCCAGUGAGCUUCCCAUCGAGUGGGUGAACAACAGAGAGUCUCUGCUGGUUUACAUGGAGCAGGUCCACCGUGGGAUUAAGGGCGUGGUGCGAGACAAAGACACAGAGACUGGUAUAGCAGAUGCCAUCAUUAAAGUGGAUGACAUUGAUCAUCAUAUUAGAUCAGUUACUGACGGAGAUUACUGGCGGCUGCUGAACCCCGGUGAGUACCGUGUGACAGCCAGCGCAGAGGGCUACUUACCCUCCUCCCGCACCUGCCAGGUCAUGUACGACCACUACCCGACGAUCUGCGACUUCCGCCUCACCAAGGUGCCCAAACAGAGACUAAAAGACCUUUUGGCGAAGGGGGGGAAACUCCCGAAGGACCUGCAGCUCCGCCUGCGACAGCUACGCCUGCGCAAGCUCCGCGUCACCACCAAGGCCCUCAACCAGAGACGCACUGCUGCUGCCAAGAGGGCGAAGAGGACGAGAUGAUGAAGAAAACAAAGAACAGAGCUGGACUUGGUUCAGUUCACUCUGGGUUUAGAGACACUCGUCUUCACUGGAUACGUUACGUAAAAAUCCUGUUAUCUUAGUUUCAUCUGCUGUGGAGCAGCAGAGCAGCUGAGGGAAGUAGUUAAGGCCACAUUCACACUAUAGUGUUGUAGUGGCUCACUGGAUUUAAAAUGAAGAAUAUGAGGGUAAAGUGUUGACUUUUUAUAUGCAGCACAGCAGGAAAAUCCAACUGUAUAAACCCUCAAAUUAGGCAGCAAUUCACACUCAUGGUCACUGUUUCAAUUCAUAUUCACUGUGCAGGAAUACAGAACCAAAACAAUAAUAGGGUUAGGCAAUAUUUGUGUGAUGUUGAAUGUUAGCACAGAGUGGAGGUUGUAGGAAGAAGCCCUCACCUCUUUGGUUUGGUACCAAAGCUUGUUUACUAAAAUCAUUAAAACAUUUUCUCUGACAUCAAA